CGUGAUUACAUUCCGUAUUUGAAUUCGACCCGAGCGAGCGCCUUUUUCUCCAUUUCCGUUUAAUGCAAACCCAACACGUCCUGAUUCAAAGAAAUAUCCAAAACGAAACGUAAACCCUUUCAUUCCGUUCUGUUCUAUUCCUUCUUCUCCAACGACGACGCAGAAAAUCCCCUCUCUUCUGUUGAUUCUCCUUCUCUUCCCUCUCAUACUCUUCAGCCUCACACGCGAAAUCUCUUUCUGCUUGAUCGCGUCAGAAUUUCACCAGUUUCGACGCUUCAUGUUUUUUUUUCACAUUGAUCACGGUAUUGAUUUCCGCGCUCAAUCACGAUUCUAAGGUUUCCAAAACGGGUUGAAUUAGGCAGAGAUGGAAUCCGAAUGCGUGCGAGUUGCGGUGAAUAUUCGUCCAUUGAUUACGUCGGAGCUUCUUCUCGGUUGCACGGAUUGUAUUUCCGUUGUCCCCGGCGAACCUCAGGUGCAAAUAGGAUCACAUUCUUUUACAUUUGAUAAUGUAUAUGGUAGCACGGGGUUUCCUUCCUCUGCAAUAUACGAUGAUUGUGUGGCGCCUCUUGUUGAUGCUCUCUUCCAUGGAUAUAAUGCUACAGUUCUUGCUUACGGUCAGACGGGCUCUGGGAAAACAUACACCAUGGGCACCAAUUAUAACGGAGACGGAAGUAGUGAUGGAAUUAUACCCAAGGUAUUGGAGACCAUAUUCAACAAAGUUAAGGCUACAAAUGACUCCACGGAGUUCUUGAUUAGAGUAUCAUUUAUUGAGAUAUUCAAGGAAGAGGUUUUUGAUUUGCUUGAUCCCAAUUCAUCUAAAGGAGAGGUGAUGGCAAAGGUUGCUGCGCCUGCCAGAGUUCCCAUACAAAUCAGAGAAAAUGUGAAUGGAGGAAUAACACUUGCAGGGGUAACUGAGGCUGAUGUUAAGACAAAAGAAGAAAUGGCAUCUUAUCUCUCGAGUGGUUCAUUGUCACGUGCCACUGGGAGUACAAACAUGAACAGUCAAUCAAGUCGUUCACAUGCUAUCUUCACAAUCACAAUGGAGCAAAAGAAAGGUGAUGACAUCUUAUGUGCCAAACUCCAUUUAGUGGACCUAGCUGGUUCUGAACGAGUGAAACGAACUGGUGCUGAUGGCUUGCGUUUAAAAGAAGGAAUUCAUAUAAACAAGGGUUUGUUAGCUCUUGGAAAUGUAAUAAGUGCACUGGGAGAUGAAAAAAAGCGAAAAGAAGGAGGCCAUGUACCAUAUCGUGAUAGCAAGUUAACACGCCUACUUCAGGAUUCUCUCGGAGGAAACAGCAAAACUGUGAUGAUAGCAUGUGUUAGUCCUGCUGACACAAAUGCUGAAGAGACAUUGAACACUUUAAAGUAUGCAAACCGUGCUCGUAACAUUCAGAACAAGGCAGUUAUUAAUCGAGAUCCAGUGGCAGCUCAGGUGCAGACAAUGAAAAAUCAGAUCGAGCAAUUGCAAGCUGAGCUUCUAUUUUAUAAAGGUGAUACCAGUGGACCAAUUGAAGAGCUUCAGAUUCUUAAACACAAAAUAUCCUUACUUGAAGCAAGCAAUUCAGAGCUACAACAUGAGCUUAAAAGACGCCAAGUAACUUCUGAGAGUUUAGCACAACGUGCUCUCGAUGCUCAGGUUGAAAAGGACCAACUGAUUUUGAAAAUAGAAUCAAUACGAAACGGUAAAUCAUGGGAUAAGAUUGACUCAAAUUCAAAUCAGGAUUAUGACCUACUGAAAUCUUAUGUGUCAAAGAUCCAAAAUCUGGAAGGAGAAUUGCUAUGUUUGAAAACUUCAAAUGCCACGAAUCCAAGCCGUUUUGUUGAUUGUGCUGGUUCUGAUGAUGAUGGAUAUGGAUCAAAACAUGCUUUAUUUGCUCGUGAUGAAAUGGAAGAAGACACAAAGGAGCUAGAACACUCAUCCCUUCAAGAAAAAUUGGAUAAAGAGCUCAAAGAAUUGGAUAAGAUACUUGAACAAAAAGAGGCUGAAAUGAAGCUGUACAGUAAUUCUGAUGCUUCAGUUCUUAGGCAUCAUUAUGAAAAGAAACUUCUUGAGAUGGAACAAGAGAAGAAAAUGUUGCAGAAAGAAAUUGAGGAACUCAAGAGCAUUCUUGCAAAUAUUUCAUCCACCUCUGAUGAUGGUGCUCUAAAGUUGAAGCAGGAUUAUCUUCAAAAGUUGAAUGCUCUUGAGGCACAGGUCUCUGAGUUGAAGAAGAAGCAAGAUGCUCAGGCUCAACUUAUGAGACAAAAACAUAAGAGUGAUGAGUUUGCAAAAGGACUUCAGGAUGAGAUCCAGAGAAUUAAAGCACAAAAGGUUCAACUUCAAAAUAAGAUUAAACAGGAAUCCGAACAAUUUAGGUUAUGGAAAGCUUCACGCGAAAAAGAAGUUCUCCAGCUUAAGAAAGAGGGGAGAAGGAAUGAGUAUGAGAUGCGUAAGCUGUUAGCGCUGAAUCAGAGACAAAAGAUGGUAUUGCAAAGGAAGACAGAAGAAGCUUCCUUGGCCACAAAAAGGCUGAAAGAACUUUUGGAAUCUAGAAAAGCUUCCUCACGUGAAACUAUGGGUGUUGGAGGUGGGAAUGGCCCUGGAGUUCAGGCUUUCAUGAAGGCAAUUGAGAAUGAGAUUGAAGUAAAUGUCCGAGUGCAUGAAGUUCGUUCAGAAUGUGAGCGUCAAAAGGAAGUGAGGGCUAAAAUGGCCGAGGAGAUGAUGAGGUUAAAGGAAGAAGCACAAAUGGUGAAUCAAAAUAGUACAAGUGAUUGUCCCACAUCGAUGUCUCCGGGUGCAAGAAAUUCUAGGAUUUUUGCCCUUCAAAACAUGCUUUCGACUUCUUCUGCAACUCUUGUGUCUAUGUUAUCCCAGUUGUCAGAGGCAGAAGAGCUGGAACGGGUUUUCAGUGGUAAAGGGCGUUGGAACCAAGUCCGGUCCCUUGCUGAUGCCAAGAAUGUGAUGAAUUAUUUGUUCAAUAUUGCAUCUUCAUCCAGGUGUUCAUUACGAGAUAAAGAAGUGAUUUGCAGAGAGAAGGACACGGAAAUAAGAGAUCUAAAAGAAAAAGUAGUGGGGCUAAGCUACUCACUUCGACAGUUGGACAUGAUAAAAGCUGAACUUACUCACAAGUUGAAGUUGCAGAGUGAAGCUUUGAAAAGAUAUUCAGAAUAUGUGGGAGAUUCAGAAUAUUCUGACUUGAAUGUUGGAGUCCACAAGUAUGACUUGCGCAAGUCGGAAUACCACCGGUCUACCCAUCUAUUGGAGGACAUGGAUAUAUCUGAGACAGAGUCAGAUGAUUAUGAUCUGACAGAUGACGAGUGGGAAGAAUCAGGAAAGUUAAGGAUUAGGAAAAGGAAAUCUAAAACAAGACGCACAGGCAUGGAAAAUAAUCAAUCCAAUAUCAACAAUUCAGAAUAUUUCCAAAAAAAAUCAGGAGAUAUACUUGUAGAUACACCUGGGGAAACUGCAUCAGAUAUUUGCUGCUCUUGUAGCAGAACAUCAUCAUGCAAGACAACAAAAUGCAAGUGCAAAGCUAUGGGCAACAGUUGUGGGAGUUCCUGCAGUUGCCUAUCAACCAAGUGUGCCAACAGAGCAUCAAUAUCAAAUGAAUCGCAGGAGCCAACACAAUCGGCAAGUAUUGAAGAAACAGACCUUCUUGUUACUCAAGGUGCAGAGUUAAUUCAGGGAGCACUGGUUGAUAGGCUUGACGAGAUAAACAGUGACCGAGGGCACAGAAAACCUCUCUCUGACAUAGGAAAUACACAGGCCAAAUCAAAUGCAAAGAACGGUAAUCCAAAAAAGAAAACAGCCACCGUAAUUAUUGUUCCAAAUCCGCCACCUUCUUCGCAGGCAGAGAAUACUGAAGUCCCCAUCCCCAUCCACAACCGCAAGUUCAAAUUCAGGAAAGAAAAUAAUAACAGUGAAACAAGUGUAGCUGUGAAUAAACCAAGACAUAAAAGGUCCAAAUCCAGACCUGAAAACGCUGCCUCAGCCCCAAGAGCAGAGGGUAAUUUUGUGGACCCAGAUGAACCCUUGAAAAUGCCAGGGGCUUUUCGAAGGGCAGCAUCAUCCAAUAGUAGUGGCGUGCCUUUUUGGAACAGGAAUGCUGCUGGUAAUAAUAACUCAGAUGAACCUGAAGUUUUUGAAACAAGGAAUCCACUACGGCACAAAAGAACAUUAGACGAAAAAGAGAACAACAGACGCUGAUCAGCUGACAGGUAUAUUCGUUUCUUGCCAUUUUGUUCAUGUUUAUAUACCCAGAAGAAAGAACUCUCGACCAAUGAAUGCCUUGCUGAGGUUUUGUUGAAGAAAGAAGAUAUCAGUGUAUAGACAAACGAAUAGAUUGCAGUUCUGUUGGAUCGAUUUUCUUGGUUAUUAUACUGUUAAUUUUAAGCAUUCCUUAAGGUUUCAGAUAAAGGCCAGAAAAUGGCUAGUCUUCUCAAGUGGUUAGGUUAGAAUAAGUUGUGUCAAAGCUCAGUAUUUGAAUUGAUCUCUCGUUAAAAAAAAUUCUGCUGAAUGGCCACCGUUUUGUAAAUAAACAAUGUUGUAUUUAGACGAGGGAUUUUAAAAUUUUAGAGAAAUUUUAAAUGAGUGAAAA